AUGGCGUUACCAUCUGUUACUCAAGAAGCGACGUCUAGACCUUGGAAUCAGCCAUGCACUCCGUAUGCGAAUACCGACAGUGCUAUAGACUUAAACAUAGAUCCAGAAGACGCUCCUUCCAUAUUAAAAAGAUUGAAAUAUAAAACGAAAGAAACAUUUUAUCAUGUAACAUCCUUGGAAAAAGCUAUGGAUAUAUUCUGCGUGACAAAACGUAGUGAGUAUCUUUUUCCCCAGUUCGAACGUGCAUCAAGUAUAUUCCGACAGGCCCUUAGAUUUAAUGAUGCAGAAAUAGUUUCAUAUCUUGAAAUGAAAACUCUUUCCGGUUUUCCCGAGAUACCAAGCAGUCAGAACAACACACAGAAUAAAAGUGCUUCGUAUAGUGAAGCUUUUGUGGCAUUGUCAAAGGUCGCAGUAUUCCUGGAACAAAUGUAUUCCGAUGAAGAUAAUUCAGACAUGAAAUAUGAAUUGGAUGAUUUACAAUCUGAGAAUUUCUCACAACUCUGUGAACUACAAAUGUGGCUUCGUUCUACCGGUGUAAACGAAAUGUUUGAGACACCUCGUUCUGUCAUGUCCCAUAAACUACGUCAUGCUGGAAACACAUUUAAAAGAUAUGAAAGAGAUUUCGUAGUUAUUUCCAGAUAUGGAAAGCUGCUUCGUCGCUAUCAGCAUUAUUAUAAUUAAUUGAACAAUCCCGUUAUAUUUUCUUUUCCACCAAACACAAAUAUCACCCUCAUUCAAGAAUGGAUAUCUAAAUAUUGGAUUAUAUUAAUCUGAAGUAUAUUCAUAGAUAUUAUUUUUCAAGAACAUUAAAAAUAACAGAACAUAUCU